AUUCGCAGACGUUACGUAAAGUAUUUCCUACACCUAAUCUUGAUGAACAUUUAGAACGACUGCAGGGGGCAAAAAUGUUUACAACAUUGGACCUUGCGUCGGGUUAUUUGCAAGUACCGUUAUCAGAAUCUGCCAAAGAGAAAACUGCCUUUAUAACGCCUAGCGAGUCUGGCCAAUUUGAAAGGAUGGUGUUCGGACUAGUCAAUGCUCCAUAUGAGUUCUCUCGAUUGAUGCAACGUGUACUACAUCCACUGAAGGACAAAGUGGCCAUGUGGUACCUCGAUGAUAUUCUUGUGCCUUCUACGUCAAUACCAGAUAUGCUAAACCGAUUACAACAGGUACUAGAGGCAUUAAAAGGGGCGAAGCUAACACUAAAGUUGAGUAAGUGCUACUUUGGUUACCCGGAAGUAGCUUAUUUAGGUUUUAUGUUGUCAGAAAAGGGUGUGCGACCAGGUGAUCAAAAGAUAAUGGCAGUCAAGGCAUUUCCCAAACCAGUUAACAAACAUGAAGUUCGGAGAUGUUGUUUUUAA